AUGGCUGGUCUGGUCUUUGUCACUCUCGGGUUAUCAUGGUUAUUGUGUUGCUGUACACAAGCACAACCUCCACCAUUGGACGCUAUCUGCGACUCCAACGGCCGAUGUACAUGGCAUGGAAGUGGGUGGUAUAGGGGCUGUGUGAGCGACAUGCCUGUGCUCACAUUCAAUCAGUUCAACGAUGGCGGACUUUUGGACCUACGAUGUAGUGAAGUACAGGUGCUAUCAAUCGAGAGCAGCACACUCACAUGCGCAGAUAUGAAGGCACAUGUAAUCACACAUACUGCUGUCACCAUUUAUCUUGGAGAAUCGCAAACUGAAUGUCACAUCUCACCACUCUCACCUGAGACAUCAAGGACCCCUCAUCCAACUUCCGGCCUACUGACCACAGAGAGUAGUAAGAAGAAUGCUGAUGAAAAAUUGACAUCCUUCAAAAUGACCUCACCAAGUGCUAAAAGCGAGGAAGUGCAUCCCACAACGUCUGUGUCAAGUAAUCCCAGUGAAGCAGGCAAUGUCGAGUUUGAUGGAAAAACGCUCACCAUUCUCGUUUGGUCGGGAUAA